GAUUGCCUACGGAGUUUCCCCUUUUCUGUUCUCGAGUCUGCCAUGCUUCUGCGAUUAGGGAUUCGUUCCUUUUCCGGAGCUGGUUAUGUUACUGUGAAGUUACUUUCUCGUUCGGGAUUUGGGACCUUGGGAACGCCGGCUUUGUCCGUUCUCGACGAGUCUUGAGUUUUUGUACCCGCUCGAUUUUUCUAGUGCUCAGGGCAUGCCGCAUGAGUGGUGAUGCGCUUGUUGGGGUGUUGGGGCUUUCGCAUAGGACACGUAGUCGAGCAGUGAGUUCAUUGAAGGGGAGCGAUGGGGUUUGUACGAUGGAAAAGAGAAGCUUUUCGUGCUCAGUUUGGGUGCGACAACUCGUGCUACGUGUUAACCAGGAGAAUCAUCAUCAGGUCACUUGAGGAGAACAUGGGUGUUCAUGAUCCUUCAGAAGCAACAACAUCUUGUAUAGAUGCUAGAAAAGAUUCACAGAGCACCGUGGAGAUAAAAAUUAAAACAUUGGAUUCUCAAACAUACACUCUGCAAGUAGAGAAGUCUGUGCCAAUCCCAAAGCUGAAGGAACAAAUAGCCAGCAUUACUGGGGUAAUCUCAGAACAACAACGUCUAAUAUGCCGUGGCAAGGUUCUGAAAGAUGAUGAAAUUUUGUCUACAUAUCACAUUGAAGAUGGUCAUACUUUGCAUAUGGUUGUUAGACAACCACAACAAUUUUCUUCAUCCCCAUCAAGUCAUAUGGAAAAUGAAGGUGCACCAGCUGCUAAUGCUACUUCGGAUACUUAUCAUAGUCAUGUUAGUCAAGGAGCUCAUACCUUAGUCUUUGAGACUGCUAAUAUUGGUCAUGGGGAUCAUCAUACUCAUCUUUCUCAGAUUAUAUCUAGUAUCUUGAAUGCUGUUGCAACAAGAAAUACUGAAUCCCAGACCUCAACUACAGAUCUCAGGGAUUUGAGUGCAAGAGCCUCUCUUGACAUUCCAUUUGGCGAGCUUGGUUCUAGGCAGUCAUCUGACCAAUUCCAAGCUGCAGUUCCAUUAGGGCCUCAACAGCCGACUGUAAUUCCUGAUUCUUUGACCACCAUACAUCAGUAUUUGAGCUUCAUGAGGAAUGAGUUCUUCAGAGAAGGUGUGGAAUACAGAAAUGAACCAGACACCGCUAAUAUGCUUGGCAAUGGUCUUCAGUCUCACCAUUCUUUUACCCCAGGUGGCCCACCAAGUCUAGCGUCUUUAACAGACAUUCUACUUUCUACAAGAGAAUUGCUAAUGAUGCUAGCUGAUGGAUACAUAUCACAAUUCACAAGGCGCCUAGAGGAUCAAGUAAAUUUGAUGGAUCCUCUUAUGCGUGGGAACCUUCAAAACAGUGUGCUUAGGUCUGGAAUCUUAUUGCAGAAUUUGGGUUCAUUACUGCUAGAGCUGGGUCGUAUAACAAGGACAUUGCGCUUUGGUGAAAGACCAUCUGAUGCUGUGAUCAAUGCGGGACCAGCAGUUUUUAUCUCUGCAUCUGGACCUAAUCCUCUUAUGGUUCAGCCUGUUCCUUUCUUUCCAGGAUCAAACUUUAGUUCACAUCAUAUGGGAGCGGCAUAUACUGGUCAUGGUUCACAAGGUGAACCGCUGGGUACUACAUUUGUUCCCGGAAAUAUCACCAUUCGUCUUCGUGCAGGUCGUACUGUACCAGUUUCCCAUCAUAACCUAGGCACACAAGGUGGACAAGAAGUUCAAGAAACAUCAAAUCCAACUGAAAAUUCUUCUAUUUCAAACGUUGUUCCUCAAGCAGUUUAUGGAGCUUCAGAUAAUCCAUCUCUUGCUGGAGAUUCUGGAGUAAGAGUAUUGCCGAUAAGAACAAUGGUUCCUCUACCAGCUGGAGUUCGCCAAUCCACAUCCGACCCAUCUGGUAGUGCAGUUGGGUUAAUCUACCCAGUUCUUGCAAGGGUUCAACAUGUUACUUCUGGGAACUUGGGUGAUUCUAGGGGCAAUGUAUUGUCUAAUGGGGAAAACGAGAAUGGUCAUAACAGUGAGCAACAGCAUACCACUGAAUCUACUAUACAAUCACAAAACUUGGAAUCUUCUAUCGGAGAUUUUAUUCAUGAGAUUAACCAAAUUUCUGCAAAUAUAGAUUCUUUUGCUUCUGGGUUAAAUGCCUCAAUAAAUGAAUCAGCUCCAGCUUCACAUCAAGGCUCUUUAAGAGACUUCCUUAGUGGAAACCAACAGAUGCAAUCCAGUAUUAGCAACAACGAAAUCCAAUUUGAACAACAGAACAGGCAAAGCCCUAUUUCUCAACUAACUGGCAGAUUGGAUCAGUGGCUACAGUCAUUUUUACCCAGAGAGCAAGUUCAUGUUAAUGCCACUAGUCAUCCUGAGUUUGCUAGAGGUUCUUCUGCACAUCAAGCAGGCAUAGGUGGAAAUUCCUCGCCUGAGGUGGGUGUAAGUGUAAGUGAGGAUGGAUUAUUCUUCUCAAGGUUAGUACGUAAUCUUAUGCCAUUCAUAUCUCAAGCCACAUCAACAGAUCAAGAUACAAUAAUUAAUCAGAGCUCUUCAACAGCAGUGGCCACCAUGCAGAACUCAAAUGACUCUAGUAGUUCCCGAAGUCGUCGAGACCCACCUGAUGCCCCCAGUCCAAAACGUGCAAGGGGUGAAUGAAGCAGAUAUUCAUAUGGAGGUCUUAAAACUUUGGGUAAGAGUGCUAGCAAAUGCCACUAAGCAAACUACCGAGCAUGCCGCACUUGAUGUUGAAUGUUUUCCGCAUACCCUUCUUAAAGAUGAAUGUUAUCCAGCUUCUGAGAGGUUAAACAAACUUUUUCUACCUGCGCCCGAACCGACGACUCGGGUGGAUAUUAGCAAAUUCCUUCUCCAAUUGUCGCAUUGUACUCAAAGAGCCUGUACAAUGGCCAUCUUCAUGUUUAUUUGUGUUUUCAACAAGAUGAUCAGUGCAAAAUUUAUGAAAUUUUUUCUUGUAAAUCAUGGUUCCGUCACCAGGAAGUCAUGAUACUAAUAUUUAUACUUCAUAAGCACUUCUUAACCAUGUCACUAUUUUAUUCAA